AUGAAGUGCUGCGACGGGCCCAUCCCCGCCAAAGGCUGCGGGCCGGACCGCUGGGCUCCCGCCUUCACCCGCAAAGACGAGAUCAUCGCCAGCCUGGUGUCUGCCCUGGACUCCGUGUGCUCCGCGCUGUCCAGGCUGAACGCAGAGGUGGCCUGCGUGGUGGCCGUGCACGAGAGCGCCUGCGUGGUGGGCUCCGAGAAGGGGCGGAUGUUUCUGAACGCGCACAAGGAGCUGCAGUCGGAGUUCCUCGGGUUCUGCAGAGGACCUCCCCGGAAGGAACCGGAACCGGAGGCAGAGCACCCCAAGAAGGUCUUGCGGGCCGAGGGUGGCAGCCGGAGCGUGGCGCGGGCCUCGCUGGCGCGCGGCUCGGACGUGUCUCUGCUGCGGAAACUGGUGGGAGCGGUGUUCGACGUUCUUUACAGCGACGUGCUGGGCCGGGAGGACGUGGUGCCGCUGCCGUACGAGCGGCUGCUGCGGGAGCCGGGGCUGCUGGCCGUGCAGGGGCUGCCCGAGGGCCUGGCCUUCCGCCGGCCGGCCAAGUACGACCCCAAGGCGCUCAAGGCCAUCCUGGAGCACAGCCACCAAAUUCGCUUCACGCUCAAGAGGCCACCAGACGACGGUGGGCGGGACUCAGAGGCCUCGGUGGAGCUGAACAGGGCCGCCCUGGCCAGCAAGGGCUCUCGGGACUGCAGUCUGCAUGGCCCCGGCCCCAAGGGUUCUCCCCCGGAGCUGCCCCCCACCGCCACCACCUCGAUGGCCAGCUUCCUGCAUAGCUCGGCGCCACCCAGCCUCCCCACCCAAGAGCUGAAGCAGGAGGCGCCCCCCGGGCCCCUCAACCCUGGCGACCUGGGCCUGGGCCACUCGGGGCCUGAGUCCAGGGCCCCUGGCCCCCAGGACUUCCCCGAUUGCUGUGGACAGAAGCCUCCCGGGCCCACUGGGCCUCUCAUUCAGAAUGUCCACACGUCCACACGGACCCUCUUCUCCAUCGUCCAUGACGAGUCAGAGCAGUGGGACGCCUUCAUCAAGGACACGGAGGACAUCAACACCCUGCGGGAGUGCGUGCAGAUCCUGUUCAACAGCAGAUACGGGGCGGCCCUGGGCCUGGGCCACAUGGUGCCGGUGCCCUACCAGAAGAUCGCCUGUGACCCCGAGGCCGUGGAGGUCGUGGGCAUCCCCGACGACAUCCCCUUCAAGCGUCCCUGCACCUACGGGGUCCCCAAGCUCAAGCGGAUCCUGGAGGAGCGGCACGGCAUCCGCUUCAUCGUCAAGAGGAUGUUUGAUGAGCGAAUUGUCACAGGGAACGAGUUUACCAAAGACCCCAGCCCGCCCGAGGACACCCCCGCCGAGGCCUCGCGUGCUGCCGGCCUGGACACAGCCGGGGCUGCUCAAUUAGACGAGGACCGUGGGCCAGGAACCUCUGGGGAGCUGGGCGUGCCGAGAGCCAUCAAGAUCGAGCCGGAGGACUUGGAUAUCAUUCAGGUGACCAUGCCAGACCUUUCACCGACCUCUGAGGAAAUGACCGACUCAGCGACCGGCCUCUUCCUCUUGCCCUCGGAAGAUUCCAGCUACGGGAUGGAGAUGCUUGCAGACCAAGGCCCCAGCAGUGAGCACCCGCACCCCGAGGAGACGCCCAUGGAGGUCAGCCACGGGGACCUGAUCCGGCCGCUGCGGAAGCAGGUGGAGCUGCUGUUUCACACGAGAUACGCCAGGGCCCUGGGCAUCUCGGAGCCCGUCCAGGUGCCCUACUCCAAGUUCCUGAUGCACCCGGAGGAGCUGUUCGUGGUGGGGCUGCCUAAGGGCAUCGCUCUGCGCCCACCCAACUGCUUUGGCAUCGCCCAGCUCCGCAAGAUCCUGAAGGCCAGUGACAGCAUCCGCUUCGUCAUCAAGCGACCCGAGCUGCUGACAGAGGGCGUGAAGGAGCCGGGCCUGCACAGCCAAGAGCGGGGUCCUGGGGACCCCCUGGCCGACGAGAGCCUGAAGAGACAGGGCUGCCAAGAGAGUGACAACACCCGGCUCUCGCGCAUCGACGUCACCAACAUGCUGCGGGAGCAGGUGCAGGACCUGUUCAAUAAGAAAUAUGGGGAGGCGCUGGGCAUUAAGUACCCGGUGCAGGUGCCCUACAAGUGGAUCAAGAGCAACCCUGGCUCGGUGCUCGUCGAGGGGCUGCCCCCUGGCAUUGCCUUCCAGAAACCCUGCACCUUCGGUUCCCUAAACCUGGAGCGGAUCCUGGCCGUGGCGGACAAAAUCAAGUUCACUGUGACCAGACCUUUCCAGGGACGCGUCCCCAAGCCUGAUGAAGACAACGCCCACAGGCUGGGGAAGAAGGUGAUUCUCCGGGAGCAGGUGAAAGAGCUCUUUAGCAAGAAAUACGGUGAGGCCCUGGGCCUGAACCGGCCCAUGCUAGUCCCCUACAAACUCAUCCGGGACAGCCCAGAUGCCGUGGUGGUCACGGGCCUGCCCGACGACAUCCCCUUCCGGAAUCCCAACACAUACGACAUCCACCGGCUGGAGAAGAUCCUGAUAGCCCAGGAGCACGUGCGGAUGGUCGUCGCCAACCAGCUCCAGCCCUUUGCAGAAAUCUGCAGCGAUGCCAAGGUGCCAGCCAAAGACGGCAGCGUCCCCAGACGCAAGCGGAAGAGAGCCUCGGAAAGGAACUCCGUCUCCUCCUCCUCCUCCUCCUCCUCCUCCUCCUCCUCCUCGUCCUCAUCUUCCUCCUCUUCCUCCAGCCCAGAGUCUGUGGCCUCCGCCAACCAGCUCUCACUCGUGCAGUGGCCCAUGUCCAUGGUGGACUGUGCUGGCCUCCACGUGUAGCUGCUGGGGACCCUGAACUACUGA